AUGAAUCAAUCAGUUAUAACAAAUUCAUUUAAAAUUAAACUUUUUAAAGAGUUCAUUUUGAACAAAAAUCGUACUAGUGCUUGUAUUAAAAAUGGAUUACCUGCGCUUUUUGUGCGUUCAAAUUGUCUAACAGAUAUUGUAAGCUUGAGCCAAGAUGAUGAUGAAGAAUUAUUUCUCAAUAACGAAAGGCAUCAUAGAAGUAAAAUUUUCAACUUUGUUGAAGUAACCGUGUAUAAUAUGUCUGACUGGGAUUUUAAAAUACAUUUUAGACUUACAAGAAGAAGUAUUGAGACUUUGAUUUUACAUAUGGGUCCUUUAUUAUUUCAAUCUGAUGUAAAAUUAGGCAUAAAAAAACAAUUAUUGAUCUUCAUUUGGUACAUGGCUAACUGUGAAACCCAUCGACAAAUAGGAAACAGAUUUAAUAUUGCUGACAGUACCAGCCAUAAAGUAGUGCUAAAUUGUUUAAAUAAUAUGAAAGAACUAUCUGGAAAAUUUAUAAGAUGGCCUAGAGGACAAGAAGCUAACAUCACUGUGCAAAAAUUCAACUGUCUAAGAGCAAAUGCUUUCCCUGGAGUAUUGGGGGCAGUCGACGGUUGUCAUAUUUCUAUACUUGCCCCUUGGGAAAAAAGGACUGUUAUGGAAAAACUUGAUAGGAAUAUGUUUUACAAUAGAAAACAAGUCCCUUCAGUUCUGCUACAGGGCAUAGUGGAUUCCGAUCUGAAGUUCAUUGAUGUGUUUUCGGGUUGGCCCGGAUCAUCUCACGACGCAAGAGUGUUCAGAAGAAGUCUAAUAGGACAAAAACUCUUGAGUAAUGAUUUAAGUAUUUUACCAGAGAAUUGUCAUAUUCUGGGUGAUGGAGCUUACCCACUAUCAGAGAAUGUUAUGAUCCCUUACAGGGACAAUGGGAAUUUAACCUUAGCCAAAAAACAUUUCAAUCGGUGCCUGAGUAGUUCUCGAGUUGUAGUUGAACAAGCAUUUGGGAAACUCUACUGCAGAUUUAGAAAGUUGAAACAUAUGGAUGUAUACCACAAAUCCCUAUGUGGUUUGAUAAUCACUGCAGCUUGUUGUUUACAUAAUAUUUGUAUCGAUAUGCAAGACGAUUUUGAUGCUGACCCUUAUACUUCUCCAGAGUUAGAUUCUGAAGAGAACUCUCUAGCGGCGUCAAGACUUGGAGUUAGAAAACGUGAUGAAUUGUGCAAUAUGUUAUCAUUAAAUGUUAAUUGA